AUGGAGAUAGGAAACUUGAAAUCAUUGGUGAAUCUAAGCUUGAGCACCAAUCACCUCAGUGGUUCAAUUCCGACAACACUGGGUGAUCUGACCAACCUUACCAGUCUCUAUCUCCAUACAAAUAAUCUUUCUGGCACUAUUCCGAUGGAGAUAGGAAACCUGAAAUCAUUGGUGGAUCUAGAGUUGAGCACCAAUCAACUCAGUGGUUCAAUUCCGACAACAUUGGGUGAUCUUACCAACCUUACCACUCUCUAUCUCCAUACAAAUAAUCUUUCUGGCCCUAUUCCUACGGAGAUAGGAAACUUGAAAUCAUUGGUGAAUCUAGCCUUGAGCACCAAUCAACUCAGUGGUUCAAUUCCGACAACACUGGGUGAUCUGACCAACCUUACCAGUCUCUAUCUCCAUACAAAUAAUCUUUUUGGCACUAUUCCUAUGGAGAUAGGAAACUUGAAAUCAUUGGUGGAUCUAGAGUUGAGCACCAAUCAACUCAGUGGUUUAAUUCCGACAACACUGGGGGAUCUGACCAACCUUACCACUCUCUAUCUCCAUACAAAUAAUCUUUCUGGCACUAUUCCUAUGGAGAUAGGAAACCUGAAAUCAUUGGUGAAUCUAGCCUUGAACACCAAUCAACUCAGUGGUUCAAUUCCGACAACAUUGGGUGAUCUGACCAACCUUACCACUCUCUAUCUCCAUACAAAUAAUCUUUCUGGCCCUAUUCCCAUGGAGAUAGGAAACCUGAAAUCAUUGGUGGAUCAACAGUUGAGCUCCAAUCAACUCAGUGGUUCAAUUCCGACAACACUGGGGGAUCUGACCAACCUUAUCACUCUCUAUCUUGAUACAAAUAAUCUUUCUGGCCCUAUUCCUAUGGAGAUAGGAAACCUGAAAUCAUUGGUGGAUCUAGUGUUGAGCACCAAUCAACUCAGUGGUUUAAUUCCGACAACACUGGGGGAUCUGACCAACCUUGCCACUCUCUAUCUCCAUACAAAUAAUCUUUCUGGCCCUAUUCCUACGGAGAUAGGAAACUUGAAAUCAUUGGUGGAUCUAGCCUUGAGCACCAAUCAACUCGGUGGUUCAAUUCCGACAACACUGGGGGAUCUGACCAACCUUGCCACUCUCUAUCUCCAUACAAAUAAUCUUUCUGGCCCUAUUCCUAUGGAGAUAGGAAACCUGAAAUCAUCGGUGGAUCUAGUGUUGAGCACCAAUCAACUCAGUGGUUUAAUUCCGACAACACUGGGGGAUCUGACCAACCUUGCCACUCUCUAUCUCCAUACAAAUAAUCUUUCUGGCCCUAUUCCUACGGAGUUAGGAAACUUGAAAUCAUUGGUGGAUCUAGCCUUUAGCACCAAUCAACUCAGUGGUUCAAUUCCGACAACACUGGGGGAUCUGACCAACCUUGCCACUCUCUAUCUCCAUACAAAUAAUCUUUCUGGCCCUAUUCCUAUGGAGAUAGGAAACCUGAAAUCAUUGGUGGAUCUAGUGUUGAGCACCAAUCAACUCAGUGGUUUAAUUCCGACAACAUUUGGGAAUUUGAACAACCUUACCAGUCUCUAUCUCAAUUCAAAUAAUCUUUCAGGAACUAUUCCUAUGGAGAUAGGAAACCUGAAAUCAUUGGUGAAACUAGUGUUGAGCGACAAUCAACUCAAUGGUUCAAUUCCAGCUUCAUUAUGUGACUUGCAUAACUUGAAUAUCUUACACCUCCGUGACAACCAACUUUCUGGCUUCAUCCCUCCAAAGCUGGGAAAUAUCCAGAAAUUGAUCGAAUUGGAAUUAGAUACAAAUCAAUUUUCCGGUUAUUUGCCACAGAACAUAUGCCGAGCUGGAUCGCUUAGAAAGUUUACAGCAUCCAUCAACCAUCUAACUGGCCCAAUCCCAAAAAGCUUAAAAAUCUGCACAAGCUUAUUCAGAGUGCGUCUUGACCAGAACCAGUUGAAAGGUAACAUAUCUGAAGACUUUGGCGUUUAUCCUAGUCUCAAUUUUAUAGAUUUGAGCAACAAUCAACUUUACGGUGAAAUCUCACCAAAUUGGGGAUUGUGCAAAAAUUUAACAUCGCUACGAAUUGCGGGAAAUAAACUUACUGGUUCUAUACCAGUUGAGAUUGCUACCGCAACCCAAAUUCAAGAGCUGAAUAUUUCAUCAAAUCGUUUGGUCGGGACGAUUCCGAAAGAGUUUGGGAGAUUGACUUCACUGGUGAAGCUGAUGAUGGAUGGCAAUCAACUUUCAGGUCGUGUCCCUUCAGAGUUUGAAUCAUUGGCUGAUCUAGAAUAUCUUGAUCUAUCAACAAACAAAUUCAAUGAUUCAAUUCCAAGCUUUGUAGGUGACUUUCUCAAGUUAAGUUACUUGAAUUUGAGCAACAACAAAUUCAGUCAAGCAAUUCCAAUUCAGUUGGGGAAGUUAAUUCAUCUGUCCAAACUAGAUUUGAGUUUUAACACACUUGAAGGUCAGAUACCAUCAGAUAUUAGCAACAUGCAGAGUCUGGAGAUACUGAAUAUAUCCCACAACAAUCUUUCUAGUUUCAUUCCAACCAGUUUUGAAGACAUGCGUGGGUUGUUGUAUGUAGACAUAUCCUACAAUGACUUGGAAGGUCCACUUCCCAACAACAAAGCAUUUCAAGCUGCUACUCAAGAAGCAUUACAAGGGAACAAGGGCUUGUGUGGCAACGCACGAUUUUUGCAACCCUGCAAUAAACAAAGCCCAACAAAGGACCAUAAACUCGUAUUUAUGAUAAUGUUCCCUAUUCUUGGAGCAUUUGGGCUUCUAGCCUUUAUAUUUGCAUUGGUAGCAAAAAGGAAAAAGAAGCAUCAGCAUGGAGAAAAAACCAACAUGAAUGAAGAAAUUUCUAUUUCUAUAUUGAAGUUUGAUGGAAAGACGAUGUUUGAGGAAAUCGUAAGGGCAACAGAAGAUUUUGAUCCCAUAUAUUGCAUAGGGCAGGGAGAACAGGGAAGUGUCUACAAAGCAACUUUGUCAUCCACUUACACGGUAGCCGUGAAGAAACUCCAUUUGCCAUGCGAUGAUGACAAGAAUCUUCAGAAGGCAUUCUUGAAUGAAAUUAGGGCACUAACUGAGAUGCGUCACCGAAAUAUUGUGAAGCUUUAUGGUUUCUGUUCACAUAGGCUACACUCAUUUUUGGUGUAUGAUUAUCUGGAAAAGGGUAGUUUGGCCACAAUGUUGAGCAAAGAUGAGGAAGCAAAAGAACUGGGGUGGAGUAAAAGGGUGAAUAUAGUUAAAGGUGUAGCUCAUGCCUUGUGUUACAUGCAUCACGAUUGUUUGCCACCGAUUGUGCAUCGGGACAUAUCGAGCAAGAAUAUUUUGCUGGAUGAUGAGUAUGAGUCCUGUGUGUCAGACUUUGGCACUGCUAAGUUCUUGAACCCAGACUCAGCUAAUUGGACUGCCCUUGCAGGCACAUAUGGAUAUAUUGCACCAGAGCUUGCUUAUACUAUGGAAGUGAAUGAGAAGUGCGAUGUUUAUAGCUUUGGAGUGGUGAUAUUGGAGACAGUUAUGGGAAGACAUCCGGGAGAUCUACUCUCAUCUCUAUCUUCGGGGGCGUGUUCAUCAUCGUCCACUGCAUUACCAGCCCAUCAAUUGCCAGUUGUGGAUGUUUUGGACCAACGCAUUUCCCCUCCUACACGUGAAGUUGCAAGAGAAGUUGUCUCUGUUUUGAAGGUAGCAUUUGCAUGCCUGAAUUCCAGUCCUCAAUCUCGUCCAUCAAUGAAGAAAGUUUCUCAACACCUCUAAACUCAAAGACUGCAUUUGUCGGAUCCAAUAGCUAUGAUAACAUGCGGUGAAUUGCUU